UUCGACACAUUCUAAAAUACGUGAAUUUUUACUGAAAAUUUAGUAACUAUUUUCUGCUUAAAAAUGAGUAACAAAUUAAGAAUGUUUUCAAGGAUGAUGUCCACGGGUACGAGAGUGCCUCAAGUUUGCAUUGUUGGUGCGGGUCCUGCCGGUUUCUACGCAGCGAUGCGUCUGACCAAGAAGCUCGCAAACGUCCACGUAGAUAUUAUCGAGAAACUACCUGUGCCCUUCGGACUGAUCAGGUACGGGGUCGCGCCAGACCAUCCAGAGGUCAAAAACGUCAUUAACCAGUUCACAAAAGUCGCCCAACAGGACAACGUGAGUUUUUAUGGAAACAUUACAUUAGGUAAAGAUGUGUCAUUGCCUCAAUUAAGGCAAAAUUAUGACGCUGUGCUAUUAACUUAUGGUGCUGAGGAAGAUAAGGUGCUGGGUAUUCAAAAUGAGGAUGCUAAUAAUGUAAUUGCAGCCAGGAAUUUUGUUGGAUGGUACAAUGGUCUUCCCAGCGAUAAGGAUCUUCAAGUAGACUUAUCAAAUGACACUGCUGCUAUCCUUGGACAAGGAAAUGUUGCAUUAGAUGUUGCUAGAAUACUGCUGUCACCAAUAGACGAGAUAAAAAAAACUGAUAUAACACAACACGCACUUGAUGCUUUAGCAGAAUCUAAGGUUAGAAAUUUGUACUUGAUUGGACGUAGGGGUCCUUUGCAAGUAGCUUUUACGAUUAAAGAAUUACGAGAGCAGCUGAAAAUGAAGGAUUGUAGCACAAUUUGGAGAGAGAGUGACUUUAUCGGAGUUGCAGAUGUAGUAGCCAGUCUUCCUCGUCCGCGUAAACGGCUGACGGAGCUCAUGUUAAAAUCUUUAGAGGAAAAUAAAUUAAAGAAAGAAGACACAAAUAGUAAGAGACUAUAUCCAAUAUUUUUACGAAGCCCUAAUAAAUUUAUAAGUGAUAAAGAUAAUGUAUUAAAAGGGAUUGAAUUGUUUGAAAAUAGAUUGUAUGUAAAAGGUCCAAAUGUUGAAGAGCAAGGGUGUGUUUCUACUAAUGAGAAGGAGUUACUAGACUGUGGCUUAGCUUUAAGAAGUAUUGGGUAUAAGAGUGUGAGUGUAGAUGAGGGUUUAGAGUUGCUUCCUCAAGGAAUGGUGAAUAAUGACAAAGGGAGGAUUUUGGAUGCCCAUCCUCGGCUGGCAAAGAUGUAUGUUGCUGGUUGGCUUGGAACCGGGCCUGUUGGCGUAAUACUUCACACCAUGGGCAACGCAUUUCAAGUUGCUAACACAAUGUGUGAAGAUAUUAGCAAAUUAGAGAAUAGCAGAGCGAGGGGCGGAUUUGUCGAACUUAAAAGAAUCUUACGGAAUGAAAUAGUUGACUGGGAAGGCUGGAAGAAAAUUGAUCAAUAUGAGUUAGAGCAGGGCAAGAAAGUGGGAAAACCAAGGGAGAAAAUUUGUGAUGUGGCGAAGAUGGUGGAAAUUGCUUAUUCCUGAAAACCGUAUGGAUUGUAUUUUAUUAAGAAAGAAUUUUAUAAAUGCAAUAAAAAUGGUAA